AGGAAACGGGAGUAGUUUUGGAAGCAAGAUCGCUAUAAAUACUACAAUCCGAGUUACUUUCAACCAGUUCCAGUUUUGAAGCUGUCAUAGAUACUUUUACUACCAAGAUGAAAAACUUGCUGAUCAUUGGUUUUGGCAUUUGCCUUUUGGGGGCUACUCUUGCCCAUCCACAAUUGCUUACGAACAUUGGCAACACUCUAUCCAGCUUGCUCGGCACUCUGCUAGGACAACUGUCUACUCUAACCAACUUGCUCAACAGUACUUUGAGCAAUGUUGUCACUACCUCUAACGCUGCUUUGGCUACGGCUCUGAGUGAAGCUCAAACGGCGGUUAAUAGUGCCCAAUCGACUGUAUCCGGCCUCGUUGGUAGCGCAUUUUCUUUAAUCGGUUCCGUUGUAAACCCAAAUCUCAACGCAGCCGUCAACCAAUUGUCGGCCGCUCUUGACAACGUGAACGCCAUCGUUAACCAAAUCGUCGCUGCUGGAGCUUCAGUAUCAAGCACUCUGGUUACCGAGCUGAACAAUGCCGUUGCUGACGUUACCGCUCUCACAACGUCCGUCGCAUCACUUAGCAGCUCGCUGUUGGGCUCCCUGUUGGGUAAGAAAUAAGUUAAAAGGAUUUGACCACAUCUUAAUAAACACAAUUGUGCAUUUUGCAAA